AUUGAAUUACAUUAACAUAAUAAGCCAAUUAAUAAUAACAAUAAUAAAACGUAAUACACAUUUUUCUCUCUUCAUUGGAAGUUACGAUAAUGUCUUUCUCAGCAACCAACUUUGCUCAACCUCGUCCUGUCCCUGUCGGAAUCAGAUCCAAUGAGAAGUCAUUGUCUUCGGAUCCCUUCAGAUUCAGAUUCAGAGGUUCUCCAUCUUUCCUUGGAUCUCCACACAGCCUUCGUUUCAAUCCUACCCCUCCCCUUAAGCUUGCUAUUCCUCACAGCCGCCGAUCCCCUGCUGCCGCUGUCACCGAUGUUUCCAACGGCAAAAUGGUCAAAUCCAGCGCCAAUAUGCUCAUUACCAAAGAGGAAGGCUUGGAGCUCUAUGAAGACAUGAUAUUAGGCAGAUUCUUUGAGGACAUGUGCGCACAGAUGUACUAUAGAGGCAAAAUGUUCGGUUUUGUUCACUUGUACAAUGGCCAAGAAGCUGUGUCAACUGGGUUCAUCAAGCUUCUAAAGAAGGAAGACACUGUAGUGAGCACCUACAGGGACCAUGUUCAUGCGCUGAGUAAGGGCGUACCAGCACGUGCCGUCAUGAGUGAGCUCUUUGGAAAGGCCACAGGGUGCUGCAGAGGACAAGGUGGCUCAAUGCACAUGUUCUCAAAGGAGCAUAAUUUGAUUGGUGGGUUUGCUUUCAUUGGUGAAGGUAUUCCUGUGGCAACUGGAGCAGCAUUCUCCAGCAAGUACAGGAGGGAGGUGCUCAAAGAGGCAAGUGCUGAUCACGUGACACUGGCGUUCUUUGGCGAUGGAACUUGUAACAAUGGACAGUUCUAUGAAUGCCUUAACAUGGCAGCUUUGUGGAAAUUGCCAAUUAUUUUUGUUGUGGAGAAUAAUUUGUGGGCUAUUGGGAUGUCACAUCUGAGGGCAACUUCAGAUCCUGAGAUAUGGAAGAAAGGACCAGCAUUUGGAAUGGCAGGGGUUCAUGUAGAUGGAAUGGAUGUUUUGAAGGUUAGGGAAGUCGCAAAGGAGGCAAUUGAAAGAGCCCGAAGAGGAGAUGGACCAACUUUGGUGGAAUGUGAGACCUAUAGAUUUAGAGGUCACUCAUUGGCUGAUCCUGAUGAGCUUCGUGAUCCUGCUGAGAAGGCACGCUAUGCUGCUAGGGAUCCGAUAUCUGCAUUGAAAAAAUACAUGAUUGAGAACAAAUUAGCAAAUGAACAAGAAUUGAAGAGCAUAGAGAAAAAGAUUGAUGAGGUCCUUGAUGAUGCUGUUGAGUAUUCAGAUGAGAGCCCCCUUCCACCCCGCAGCCAGCUUCUAGAGAAUGUUUUCGCUGAUCCAAAAGGUUUUGGAAUUGGCCCUGAUGGCAAGUACAGAUGUGAGGACCCAAAAUUCACCCAGGGGACUGCUCAUGUCUAAUUUUUUUUUUAAAACUAUUUUUUUAUCCUGACAUCUAUCUGUUUGUGAUUUUUUGUUUUGGACGCAUAUUCCUCUAAUUCAUAUACUUAAUAGAGGUCAAAUUAAUACUCAAACGUUGCUCACAGAAUGUAUUACCUUCUAAGCAGGAUUUGUUGUUUAGAUCAGAACUUCCCCCUUUGUGAAACUGGUGUGAAAGCUUGAUUGUCCUGUUUUUUUUUGCAGAUUUCUCAGACUUUUACUACUUGUAACAUUUUAAAUCCCUGCUUCUUGCCUUA